GCCGCCGCACGCCUGAUCUUCUACUCCCCGCGACCUUUGAGAUACCCAGCACGGCUCGAGUUGUGCAACUAAUACCAGCCACGCAACACGUAACAGUAGAUAUCCCUCAGCCGCGCCAGCGCUGAGCUUACGCAAGCCGGGCACAUUGCAAUCAAACGACUGUUGACGCGCUGUCCCUUCCUCCCUCCCUCACAAGACCCACACUCCUCGAACAUGGCCGGUGUGGUCACUAGCGAGCAGCAAGGGCCACCACCCGUCACCCAGCAGCAGCCCAACGAAGUAGCUGAUGGCACCCAGCCACACCCAGACCCUCAGAGCGGCAGCACUGGCGUUGGAAAUGGGCCUCAGAUUGUCAGCACCUCGGCAGGGUUGGAUGUCAUAGCUGGACCACUCCUCAAUUACAGGCGCACCAGCACCAAUGGCGGAGAAACACUAUGGCACGGCAGCGUCUUGAUCGUUACCACGCCAGGACAACAGGAUCCUGUCAUGGUCAUUGGCCCAGCGGGCCCGGUUGCUUCCGAUGCAGGCAACAUGCAGUUCAGCAGGCCUCACCCCGAAAGAGUUGGUGGAGAGAAGCUCUACGAGGACCCCAAGCGCGCCUUCUGGCGCUUCAUCGUCGAAGUGCCCUUCCAGCAGUUCGAGGCACGAUGGCAGUACGAGAUCCAGAACCUUGUGUAUUUGGACCGCAGCAAGGCCGAGAAGCCGCAGCACUUCGCCGUUCCUUCCAUUCAACAGUCGAUGCGCAUCAUGUUCCACUCCUGCAACGGUUUCAGUGUUGGUACAGACGUUGACGCUUGGUCCGGUCCAGCGCUUUGGAACGAUGUCCUGCGCAUGCACGAACAGAGGCCUUUCCACGUCAUGAUUGGAGGUGGCGAUCAGAUUUACAACGAUGGUGUGCGUGUUGAUGGACCUCUGAAGGCAUGGACAGCCAUUAGCAACCCCCACAAGCGCCGCGACUACCCCUUUGGCGAGCAGAUGCGCGCAGACUGCGACGAGUACUACUUCAACAACUAUGUCAGGUGGUACGGCCAAAAGCCUUUCUCUACCGCUAACAGUCAGAUCCCUCAGGUCAACAUCUGGGAUGAUCACGACAUUAUUGACGGGUUUGGCUCGUACACUGAUCAUUUCAUGAAAUGUGCUGUGUUCAGGGGUAUUGGUGGCGUUGCGCAUAAGUACUAUUUGCUGUUUCAGCACCACCUGGCCCCUCCAAAGAGCACAUUCACCACGGAUGCGCCUAAGACUACUAGCGCGGAUCCGUCAGGAACAACACCGGCCGAUCCUGUGCAGUUGGAGAAGGCUUGGGUUAUGACUAAUGACAAGGGCGACCCAUCAUACAUCAUCGGUACCAAGCCUGGCCCGUACGUCGAGGAGCGCAGUCGCAACAUUUACUGCCAAUUGGGUGCGCGCAUUGCAUUUGCAGGUAUCGAUGCACGAACAGAACGUACUCGUCAUCAGAUCAACUACCCCGAGACCUACAGACAGGUGUUUGACCGCUUGGAUAAGGAGUUCUCAGCGAACACGAACCUGAAGCAUCUCAUCUUUCUGCUUGGUGUGCCAAUCGCGUACCCGCGUCUGAUUUGGCUCGAGAAUAUCUUGCAGUCGCCUCUCAUUGCACCCAUUAAGUUCCUGAACAAGCGUUUCGGUCUUGCAGGCUCCUUCUUCAACCAGUUCGACGGGAAAGUGGAUUUGCUGGACGAUCUCGAUGACCACUACACAGCACGUCAACACAAGACUGAGCGCCGUGAGCUUGUCCAGAUGUUGCAGAACUUCUCCAAGAAGCACUCUGCUCGUGUCACCAUUCUCGGUGGAGACGUUCAUCUUGCAGCUAUCGGUCGUUUCUACUCCAACCCCAAGCUUCAGAUCCCAGCCGAGCAUGAUUGGCGCUACAUCCCGAACGUCAUCAGUUCCGCCAUCACCAACAAGCCUCCACCGGCCGCUGUAGCCAACUUACUCGCCAAGCGCAACAAGAUUCAUCAUCUGGACCACGACACCGACGAGACUCUCUUAGAGAUCUUCGAUCGUGACCCUGGUGUCAAGGGCGAGACUCACGUCGUCCGUGCCGGCACGGAGCCCGUCAACAGUACAAAUGGCAUGGCGAACGGCGAGCACACUCAGGGGGAAGCGAACAAGGGAGCGCCCAUUGUCAACGGCAACAAGGUCGAUUCAAAGACCCGCGAUUCGAACCACGCUACUAUGCCUUCCCGCAACUACGCCAUCAUCUGCGAGUCCACUCCUACUUCGACGUCAACUCUGUCCGCACCAGCAGCUGUGCCAGGUCAAGCACCCAGCGUCAAUGGCGCCGCAAGCGCGAUUUCUGCGCCGCCGGAGAGGAAGGGCAACAUGCGCCACGCUAUUCAUGAUGGCGAGAAGAACGCUGGUACUGGGCAUCCUGCAGCUCAGGGUCUUACUCCUUCCGGUCUCUGUGGACCGUUUGGCCUGGAUGUCACGAUUAGGGUUGAGAUCAGCAACAGUGAUCGUGAGGGCAGGACUGAUGGAUAUGGCUUCAGUAUUCCCGGGCUUGAGGCCGGUGGGUAUGCGCAGCAGGGUAGCCAUUGGUAGAGAGUGAUGGCUGGAGAAUAGGGAAGAGAGAGACUGGAACGUGAGAGGGGAUCGAGGAGGUGGGUGAGGUAAUGUGUAGUCUAUUUUCGCCUGGUAUACCCAAAUGGUCAAGUACUUAGUCUGUAAUGCAUCUAUCAUCCGUUAUUGGCAAGGUACUGUUGCGUUCCAUCUCUCGCUU